AGCCUAACUGACGCAAGGUUGCAGACUGGCUUCUGGGAAAGUUUGCUUAUUUAGUUCGUAUGUCUCUCUUCCAUCGGUUCGGAGCUCUGACAUUAUGCUGAUGUGAACGAAAACCAACUUUUUCUGACAGACGAGGAAACAAUUGGUGUCCAAACAGUGAGAAUCUUCUGGAAAACGGAACCACCAGAACUUGGCCUACAGGACAGUGGCCUCAAACUCCAGUCGUUGAGGCCCGGUGUCCUGCAGCUUUUUGGAAAUGGAUUUCCAAAGGGUGCUGCUUGGCGUGGAGAAAGAUCUGUCCCAAGAUGAAGUAGAAGCAAUAGCUUUUCUGUGCACUGACCUCUUGCGCAAAAACCCGAACUCUGUUUCAUCAGUAAGCGACCUGUUCACUAUGCUGAUGGACGAGGACCGCCUGUCCGCUGAAGAACCACAGCUCCUGAUCGAACUCCUUCUCACCAUCCAGCGUCCUGUUAUCCUGCGUGAAUUGGGAAUCUCUGACCGAAUGUUUACAGCUAGUCAGAUCUCACCCUACAGGAAGCUGUUGUACCACCUUUCAGAGGAAAUAACCACUGAAGAGCUGAAAAAGAUGAAGUUCCUGUUGGAUAAAGACCUCCCACGAAAAAAACUUGAGAAAAAAACUACCCUGGGGGUGUUCCUGGAGAUGGAGCGCAGGGACCUCAUAAAUGAAGAUAAUCUUGAUUAUCUUGCUAACAUAUUCAAAUCAGUGUUUCCUUUGUUGAAUGAAAAGAUUCGACGCUUUUCAGAAGAUAAGUGUCGUCCAAGGUCUUCAUCUUUGCCUCCUGAGCCAAACCAGAUCCUAAAACAAUUUAACAGGACUGGCUCAUUUAACAUGAAUGAUCCAAUGCAUCCGUUGCCUUCAAUGAAUUCCUUCAACACCUCUAAUGAGCCUGUGGCUUCUUUGGAUACCAGUGCACUUCCUGAAAUCAAGAGAUCUGAAUCCCAGGAAAAUAUUGAGGUUCUGAAAAAAUAUCAGAUGACUGGAAAGAAGAGAGGAAUUUGUUUAAUAGUGAACAACAAUGACUUCUCUCAUUCCACAGUCGCUUUAAAGGAAAGAAAGGGAACCAGUGCUGAUGAAGAUGCUCUGAAAGAAGUGUUUGAAUGGCUGGGCUUUGAUGUGGAGAUACACCAAGACUGUAACGGACAGAAAAUUCUCUCCGUGCUUCAGGAACUCCGAAAAAAGGACCAUAGCCAGAUGGACUGCCUGGUGUGCUGCGUUCUCAGUCAUGGCACGGAGGGCGGGGUCUACGGCGUAGAUGGCAAAGUGGUUAAGAUCAAGGACAUGAUGUCCCCCUUCUACGGACAGAUGUGCCCCUCUUUGGUAGAAAAACCAAAGCUUUUUUUCAUCCAGGCUUGCCAAGGCACAAACGAGCUGAGGCCCAUCCAGGCAGACGGCCCUGAGGACGAAACCAGCGAAGUUGUUAGCGAUGCAAGAGUGGCGAACGAGAGCAUCCCAACAGCUGCAGACUUCCUGUUGGGAAUGGCCACCCUUCCUGAUUACGUCUCUUUCAGGGAUAAGAGCAAUGGGACCUGGUACAUCCAGUCAUUGUGCCAGAACCUUGUCAAGCUUGUGCCAAAGGGGAUCGACCUUGUCUCCAUUCUCACAGAAGUGAACAACGACGUCAGUAAGAAGACCGACAAUACGCAGCGGAAAAAGCAAAUGCCACAGCCAUCUUUUUCGCUCCGGAAGAGAGUGGUCUUCCCGAUCCCUAAAAGGCCUCCCCCCUUCCUCAAUUGACUUUCCUGACAAAAGGGAUUUUUUUUUCUUCUGACAGUCUACAGGUUUGAAGCAGUUUCUGGACUUUGUUAGUGGCUUUAUUUGAGAAUUCAUAUAAAAUCUGUUGCAUUAACGCUUAAAAUGGUAUGAAUGAAUCCCUGCUGUCUGCCCUUUGUUCCCCAUAUUUACCAUAACCAUUUUACACUGUUUCAAUUAAUUUAGACCUUGCCAGUUCAUCAUAUCAUGAUUAUUAUAGCAGUUCAUCGUGAGACAUGAUGAACUGCUAUAAUAAUACAUUAUAUAAUGUUUUUCUGUUUGAAAAUGUGUAUAUAUGUACAUUUUUUAUUGCAUGAGCAUAUUAAUGCAAUUAUAUUUUCCUAUGAAGUGUUGUUUCCAGUUUGUCAUCUCCUCUGCCUUAGUCCCAUUGCAAUAUUAAAAAAAAAAUGCUGUUCUUUAUCCAACGUUAACAAGUAAUGUUUACAAAGUCCUAGAUGUGCUUUAUUUUGCCAUAAAAUACUCAGAUUUGAAAAAUGAUGUAUUCUCUGAGUUUUUUUUAAAUAAUAAAACCUGCUGGACUAGAUGAAUGUAAAUUUAUAAAAGAAACUGAUCUCCAAAGAAAUAUGCAGUGUAUUUUGUUGAUUUAUUGAUUGUUUAUUGUUGUUUGUCAAAUUGAAAUAAAUUUCUAUUCUUCCAUUCAUUCA